AUGGUUGCUGUUUUACCUUUUUUUUUUUUCCUACCUACUUCUUCAUUCUUAGUCUGUCUGUCUCUCUGUAUCUCUCCCUCUCUCUCACACACACACACACACAGUUUACUUUUCUCUUUUCCUCUCUUUCUUUCUCCCUGUCUUUGGUUUCUUCUUUUCUUACUGUCACUCUGCCACCUUUGCUACACUAUCUUUUCCAUUUAUUUCUCUUUUCUCACUCCAUUUACAGCUAUAUUUUUUUUUUUGACUUUUUUUUUUUUUUUUUUUUUUUUGUUUUUUCAUUCGAUUAUUUUAUUUCUUUCUGUAAAUUUUUUUUCAUCUAAUUUAUUCUCCUCCUUUUCUCUUCUUUUCAUUCUACUCCUGGUAUGCAUUCUCAUUCUUUCUUCUUUCUUUUUCCUCUUACUCAUUCCAUCCUUCUUUUCUCCCUUAAUUUUCAUUCUAUUCUUCUACCUUCUGUUCCUCUUUCACCUCCUCCUCUUCAUUCAUGCUAACCAAUUUUCCUCCUGUGCCUUUUUUCCUUAUUCUCUUUCCUUAAAUUUUCCUCCUCUUAUUCAUUUUCAUCUUUUCUCUUUUCUUUUCCCUUUUUGUACUCCCUUUUAUCUUUGUUGUACCUCACUUUUGCCUUUUUCUUUGUUGUACCUCACUUUUGCCUUUUUCUUUGUGAUACUGCACUUUUGCCUUUUUCUUUGUGGUACUGCACUUUUGCCUUUUUCUUUGUGGUACUGCACUUUUGCCUUUUUCUUUGUGGUACUGCACCUUUGCCUUUUUCUUUCUUGUACCCCACCAUUUACCUUUUUCUUUCUUGUACUCUUAUUUUUUAUUUCUUGUACUCCCUUUAAUUUUUUUUUAUUUCUCAUACUCUCUUUUCAUACUCCUUUUUCUUUUUUCCUUCUCUUCAUCUUAUCCAUUUAUAUUCAUUCUUCUGCCUCUUUAAUUUUAUUCCUAUUUUCCCCUCUUAUUUCUUUUAAUCUUGUUAUCUUUUUCCUCAUCUUUCUAACUCAAAAUGUUCCUUUUUCCUUUUUUGCCUUUUCUCUCUCUCUCCUUCAAUAA